AUGUCUUGGCUGUCACCCGUGUCUUGGGCCAAGUGGACGUGGACGGCGGUCCGGGGAGCAGGGGAGGGAGAGGACGGUGAGGAGGAGGAGGAGGAGGAGGAGGAGGGCCAGGGGGUGAAGGAGGAGGUUGGACAGCUGCCCCUUAGAGGGAAGCGAGAGGAGGAGGAGGAAGAUGGAUCUCAAGGCUGCAGGCGAGUGUGUUUGUGGGCUACAUUGGAACCUUGAAGCAUUCAGAGUGAAAGACCCACAAGGCAGCUGGAGGGAGAGAGUGGGUGUCAUAUGGGGAAAGGAGAGGGAGAGUGGGUGUCAUAUGGGUGAAGGAGGGGGAGAGUGGGUGUCAUAUGGUGGAAGGAGGGGGAGAGUGGGUGUCAUAUGGGUGAAGGAGGGGGAGAGUGGGUGUCAUAUGGGUGAAGGAGGGGGAGAGGGGCACCUGCUUUGCCUGUCCACCUGUGGGGUGUGUAAGUCAGUGUUGUUCUAAAGAGGGAAUGCGCAGAGAGAGAGAAAGAGAAGAAAAUGCAUUUGACCAUUACAUCGUUUCUUUCUACUAUGGGGUUCUUCCAAACAGACAUGUCUGUUGUUGUGUUAGAGGCUUACUGGUUAAUGCGUGACUGUGUGUGUGACGUUUGUGUAAGUAUUUCACAAUGUCUCAGGUACUUCGUUAUUCCCCAGCACCGCAGACAGGUACAACGAGUGAUGUCAUCUUAAUAUAGCACACACUGUGCCCUCUGUCUCCUGUUCCUUGUUGGGGCAAAACACUACCCUGCCUUUGAUGAUAGUGUUAUCACUCAAGGCUUUGUGAUAGCGAUGGAGAGAGACGAUCGUGCAAAAUAUAUGUUUUUAUAGCAGUGUUUAAUUGCUAUACAUAUAGCACAACUUUGGAUGGUGGGGGGUCUUGUUUUCGGUCACAGCUACUAUUGCUAGUUGUUUAUCACUUGUACCCAACUGGUUUUGGACAUGACAGCAAUGCAAACACAUUGCAUUGAAUGAGUACACAUACUAGAACAUCUACACUAGUACACAUACUAGAACAUCUACACUAGUACACAUACUAGAACAUCUACACUAGUACACAUACUAGAACAUCUACACUAAUACACAUACUAGAACAUCUACACUAGUACACAUACUAGAACAUCUACACUAGUACACAUACUAGAACAUCUACAUUAGUACACACACUAGAAUGAUAUUUUCAUAAUAGUUAGCAUUUCCAGAUAUUCUAGUGGUAUGAUCAUACUCAUCUACCUCUCUUUUUUCUCUCUCUCUCUACCUGUUUCUCUCUCUCUUUCUCUCAUUCUCUCUCCGUUCCAGUUCAGACUCAGAGGGCCACUUUGAGACCCCAGUGGCUCAGAGUCCUGUCCACGCUCCACUCAGAGUCCCAGGAGAGCUGGAGACCCUCACCACCGACAGAGCAGGUGAGACCACUGCUGCUUGCCUUCAACACACAAGGACAGAAAGAGAGAAGUAGGCACAAAACAUGCUGAAAAUCACUUGCACAUAUUUAAUUAAAAACAACAACAAAAAACAACAACAUGACAGCAUAUAACUAUGUCAUAAUGACAUACCACACAUAGCAGCUUCACAGUGAGGGAUAUUGUAGGGAUAUUAUAGCAAAAAAUUGUCCCUCACAACAUCUACAGUUAGCUGGCUGGCUUCCUUUGGAGUUUCCAUGGUAACAAGAGAGAUUUUGUUUCUCUGUUUUGCACUUCCUGUGGGGAACCAUGUGUGUGUGCGCGCUAUCAUGGUGCUUCAAUUUUUAACAGUCACCUCAGACGUGGUUUUCAAUAGGCUGUUUUCAUAAACAAAAGAUAGUGUUUGGUGGAAUCAAGUAGAUUAGUCCUUCAGACCUUUUGAUGACUCUGUCGAUCAAUAAUGUUUUCUCAACUGAAACUGCAGAUUGCAUUUGCUCUCAAAGGACUGCUACUGCAUUAGAUUAAACUGCACCUACUGUAAAGCUAUUUUAACUAUGUUCCGUCUGACAUGUGGCCAAACGGAGGGAAGUGUACCUUGCCACUGUAAUUGAAGACAGAUGUGCUUUGUUUGCCUACCGUACUUCUCUAGGUAUGCAUCUGACUGUUAGACAUUCAUGAAGACCAUUAACGUUACACAGCACUUAAAGCUUGAUAUUAAACUACACAAUUACCUUAUUCACACCAACAAUUACACUUGUUGUGAGAGAGAACCCACUGGGCACACACUGGUUGAAUCAAUGUUGUUUCCACGUCAUUGCAAUGACUUUACGUUGAACCAAUGUGGAAAAGACGUUGAAUUGACGUCUGUGCCCAGUGGGAAGUCAUCGGCUGAAUAAAGGACUUAUAUUUGCCAUUCAGGUAAAACUGAGGGAGGCCACUCCACAACAAUAGCAUGUGUGGCUCAAAUAAAAUGUUAACAUUGUAACAUUGGAGAAGUAAAGGGAAGAGAAUUGGACCACGGCCUGCAUAGGAAUUGGCUUUGGACUAUGGAAUUUGGGAGGUCAGCCGUGAACAAAAGCAGUUGCUCCUCUUUGUUUUCAAUUGUCUAUGGGAGGGGUUAAAAGUCAUGAGAGUGACUUACCCUGUGAGGGAUCUAGAAAUGUCUCCAAUAUAUUGAUCCAGUUUGGAUCUAUUAGCCCCGUUACAAGUCAGUGAAGCAAUAAUAGUUUCCAUAUUAGUCCCAGUCCCAAUAUUUUGAAGUAGCCUACUUGAAACACUUAAUUUCAAACCCUGUCAUUGUAUGAUGUCCAGUAGAUGUUGCCGAUAAUUUAGAUGGUCUCAAAACUCAUAGAGAGUGCAUGCAAUGCAACCACAUACCUGUUGGAUUUCAGACUGGUUUGGAAGUAUUUGAGGAGGCGUAGUUUAGUUGGACAGCCGUGCUGCUUUUCACUCUGUCAAAGUUACUUUUAAAUAAGUAUUUCUUCGUCUCUGGGUCUUUGAUCUCUGAGAGCUUUGUUUUGGUUCACUCCACUGUGUUUUGAUAUGAGACUGUAAAAGCAGGGGGUCUCAAACUGCUUUGAGUGGGAUUGCAUAGCAUAGGCUAGUAUGUUUCCAGGCUAUCUUUGUUUGCUCAGGCCUGGGGUAGUGAAAGUGUCCUUCGUGAGCCGUGGAGUCGGAGAAGGCUGCGUUCGCUGGCAGCACGCACCGAGGGAGUUGUCUUCUGUUCUAUUCCACAACCACAACCCCAAACAUUCUCCUGAUGUUUCCUCACUCCUCCUCACGCAGCCAGCUGUGGAGAAGAUUGAACUCUAGCUCAUUGGCCAUUUAGAAGGGACCGUUCUUGGCAGCAUGAAGCUAGCCUGUUCCAGGAUCCAUUUGUGCUGCCUUGCUAAUGGUCCCAGAUCUGUUUGCCAAUAAAGACCAUAUGAGUUGGCAAGACUGCACAAACAGAUCUGGCAACAGGCUAGGAUGAAGCUGCAGUACGUUUAGUAGUGUACACAAAAAUAACCAACUUUGAUGUUUGUCCUACUCUCUGAAUGCUCAACUAUCUCUGGCAAAGUAAAAGCAUGUUGUAGGAUUUAUAGACAGAAACAAUGUCACUUACAGGCACCAUAAUUUCUCCCCUUGGCCAAAUAUUAUUAAAACAACAGACUAUAGAGGGUUUUACGCAGGGGCGCAACUUUGGUUUUAGAAGUGUGGGGGGGACAUAUAUAUAUAUAUAUUUUUUUAAUCCAGUCGGAUAAACACUCCAAACAGCCUACCCGGCCGCUCUGAGGCGUCCGCAUGGUCCUAAAGCAUACUGUUGCGUCGUUUUGUAUCACAUUCUAAUUAUAAAACUGGGGUGGACAAAAAUGCAAUUUCAGAAUGUGGGGAUGUCCCCUCCGUCCCCAGUGAAAGUUGCGCCUCUGGUUUUACAGCACAUCCAAGCGUUUCACAGUAGCUGGACAAAGAUCCAAUAUAAAUAGAAAAGGGAGAAUGUCCACUCACUUUAUACUGCUCCCAGAUAGGCCUAUGUUUUAUGAACAUAAUCGGAACCAUCUUACAGAUCAGAUUGCAUGCACACAUCUACAGAAGUUGCAUUGCAUGCGCGACAUGGACAUUGUAACCAUAAAACCAGGAAGGUGAAUCAUUCUAAAAACAAUGGUUGUAAUAAAAUUUAACGAAAACAUUUUUUUUUUUACAACAAUAAAUGUAAUGAUAUCAUAAAAUUGCCAGGAUAAAAAAGACAUUGCUGUUGAAUCAGCCUUCGUUAUAGUCGGCCUAAGGGAGGGCUUGAGUUUUGAACAUAUGAAACGGAAAACAAGCCAUUGUUACAGGUUACAGAUAACUUCUAUAUACGAGGUUCACCGGUAUUCACAGAUGUUCUCAUCUCUCCUUUCAUGAUGGGCAUGGACGCGUAGAGGAGGGGGGUUUAUGCAUAUCCAAAAUAGGACCUGCAUGGCUAAAAUAAUGUGGGCUUGCCUACAAUGCAUAGAUAAAAACUGAAUGUCAACUCACUGUUUUACUCCUCUCAAACUUUAUAUUUUAAUAAAGCGUUGGUGAUUAAGAUUUAUUUCCAAGCGGUCUCAGCAGCCAAACCCUUUAUCGACAGUCUUGAUUACUUAGCGAUUGCAUUGGGCAGGACAAUAAAAGCCUUAAUUGAGAGGAGGGGAGGCUAUGCUUGAUUUUAAACCAAAUAAAACUAAAUGUGAAAAAACAUUAGUUCUUUAUGUUUCUAAAUACAAAGUAUACAGGCACCAAAAGCACAUUAGGCUACUGUUGUUCCAUGCGCAUAUGGGCAGUGUGCUUCACGGCUGGAUAGGCUGUCAAAAUUCAUGCCAUAACCAACCGCCUUACCGCUAAAACCAGCUUUUGGUUGGUCUUAAAUAUCCUUAUCAGCGCUGCCUGAAAUUAGCACUUUCGAUCAUGUUUUUAAGGACACACCUCAAACACUAGCGCCGCCUUAACACCAGCAGAAAAUAGAGCCCUCUCUCCACUGUCAAGAUACACCUUGCAGGCAAAACUAAAAUGUUUGGAGAAGUAAAGGGUCCUUUGGAAUUUGACUAAUGUUUAUAUUGUCGAUGUCAGUUUCAUUAAAGUUCUGUUUUCAAUAUGUGACCGACCGCCUUGAUUCGGUCUUAUGUAGCAACAUUUGAAAUUGUUUUUUUUUUCUUUGGAUAAAAGCAGAGACACAGAGCUACAAAGUGGUAUAUCAUACACUGCAUUUAAGGGAACAAUGGGAAAGUAAUUCUGCUUUGAAAGUUGAUAAACUUGUAAUCACACUUUUGAGAAAAUGGCCUUUGAAUGUUUUGGUGCCUACUGAAGAGCACUUCAUUGUCUACACCCAUUCAGCAUAGUUCACACCCUCUUAAGCUUUAGCCCCACCCAUCUAAUUUCGCUCUCGGAGCGUUCAGAGCGCACACUUGAUGCUCUGGCCGAUGAGUAGGGUUGAUCCGAGCGUUCUGACCUCACAAUGGCAGUCAAGCACCCAAGUUAACUGGCUAGCAUUGGCUAGACCUCUGGAUAACAUGAAAACAGCCUAACCAGCUCUGCUAGGGCGAUGGUCAGUGAGAGAACACCCCACUGACCAUUUUACUCACCCUAGUAGAGCUGGUUAGGCUGUUUUUAUGUUAUCCAGAACGUUGGUGACUGUAACUGUGCUGCUGGCAACAAUUUAAUUACUAUUUUUUGCCAACGUUUACUGAGACCGGCCAUAUUCAACGGGUGUUGUGCGUUCGUAAAUUCAUCAGUUAUUCUGUACUGUGGCAUACUCAGACUGAAUUUAUUAACGCACCCGAAAUUGUUAUUUGCAUAGUGGAGUCUUUUGUUAAGACUUGUAGCUAGCUAGCUAGGUAAACAAUGAACCAUAAUCCCAACUCAUGACGUUACUACCCUGCAUGAAUCUGCAAGUAGCUAACCGACCAGGUUCAAUGUUAGCUAGCUAACAUUAGGCUCUAACUAGCCAAGCAAAUGGCUCUGAGAUACGAAUAAUAAGACCAUACACGUAAUGUUAGCUAGUGAGCCAGCCAGCUAACGUUAGCUAGCUAGCUAAACAAUGAACCAUAAUCCCAACUCAUGACGUUACUACCCUGCAUGAAUCUGCAGGUAGCUAACCAACCAGGUUCAAUGUUAGCUAGCUAACAUUAGGCUCUAACUAGCCAAGCAAAUGGCUCUGAGAUACAAAUAAUAAGACCAUACGCGUAACGUUAGCUAGCGAGCCAGCCAGCUAACGUUAGCUAGCUAGCUAAACAAUGAACCAUAAUCCCAACUCAUGACGUUACUACCCUGCAUGAAUCUGCAGGUAGCAAACCAACCAGGUUCAAUGUUAGCAAGCAAAUGGCUCUGAGAUACGAAUAAUAAGAUUAUACACAUAACGUUAGCUAGUGAGCCAGCCAGCUAACAUUAGCUAGCGAGCCAGCCAGCUAACGUUAGCUAGCUAGCUAACAGUACACUUUAACUUGAAAUGAAACCACUUUCUGUCAAAAUUAGAAACGUGUAAUAUCUGAAAAUGUAGCUAGCUAGACUAUCUUAUCCGUAUACAUCAUGCAUGAUGGACGUGUCUCCCUGUCACGGAUUACAUGGUUGCCCUUAGUUUGAAGAUGUAAUCUGGAGACAGGUGUUUUCUCCAUCUCUUUAGCUAUCACACUCUAAUUCCACUGAUUUCAAAACUCGAUCCUCCAGAAAGUGGAGAGCAACACUUAUGCAGUUCCACUACACAAUAAAAAAUGUUUAAAAGCAGCGUUAGACAUUAUUACCUACACAUACUAACCAGCUCAAAUAGACAGAAGCAUGCUAUAUGGCAGACCAAUCCAAACUCCUCUCUCGGCAUGUCCAGCCCACUCAUUAUCUCAGCCAAUCAUGGCUAGUGGGAAGGUUGCUGUCUUUUUCUGUGGCUUAACCAACUAGGCUCGUAAUUUAACAAUUUUAUUUGUAUUUACAGAUGGCAUACAAGUUUGUUAUUAAGGCACAUGAAAGUUCACAUGUUCCAGAAGGCACUUCUGCCAAAAAACGCAUUUUGAUUUUUUAAAAAAAGUUUACGUUCAAAUGGCUCUCCUGUAAAGUAGCGACAUAUGCCUUGUUUCCUGAAACUAGACACAUAUUGUUUGCUAUAAGCUCAACCUCUUGUCGCUGUGACGAUAGAUAGCUAUUAUCGGCCUGGGAUAAUGCAUUCAACAUGCCUCAAUGUCAGACCACAGUAGCAGGAGAUCAUACUUUUCAAAUAGAAUAGAAGUCACUGACAAAAGCAGCCAUCUCUCAAAAAUAUGUGCAGUAUAGCUGUCCAUGUGAAUGUUAUCGGAGUUGUGGAGGAACAAAGGAACAAUUGAAAACAUUAAGUUAAGAGAAAGUUGAUUGCAAGUGUUCAGACCUGGUGAGAGAGCUUAUAUAACCACUCUUAACUUGGGGAAUGUAUUGGCUUGCCCUGUUGUCUAGUCUUUUUCUACUAUAGGUCCUUAGCGCUGCAUUUGGCUACUGCAGGAAAAGAAGCGAGUGCUAUAUUGUUUUAGGGUUGAACUAAAAACCUUAAUGCCGACAAUAAGUAUAACGUAUAUUAUAAAAUAUAUAACUGUAUUUUCCUUUAUACUAUGAUUAUUUGUAUCAAAUGAGUACAAAGGUACUUAUGUCCAGUGAGAGUUAGCCUUAGUAUUAUUGCAGUAUCAAGACCCAACUUAAUAAUGGCAUAGUAGAGACUUUGACAAAUGAUGACACUGCAGCAAAACUUCUUAUCAGAAAUAUGUCUUCUUGUUAAUAUAGCAAUAUAGCCAUGUUCUCUAUCUCCAAUAAAGAUGGAUUCAGUAACAUAACCUUGAUUCCCUGGGUACAGAGAUCUGAAAUUUGAUUAACUGAUUCUAGAGCAGUUAAUCAGAUCUGCUCUGUCCAAGCUGUACAGAUGUAGGAUCUUAAUUUGCAAUGCAGGAAAUGUAAAACUUGUAGUGUAUUUGAGGUUUAAUGAAACAGUUGACUGCAGUUACUGCACUUUUACUGCAGUUUCAAAACUGCAAUCUUUUUUUGUAAGGGUGAAGUUUGUAAUUUCCACUUUUUCAGACUUGAUUUUGCCUUAUGAAAAAUGUAUCAACCCCUACAAAAAUGUCCAUUAAUUAUAAUCCACAUAAUAAUUCACAUUUCCUGUUGCUGCAGGAUUAUUUUCCUCCUGUAGCAAACUGGCUCAAAUUAAGAUCCUACGUCUGUAGUUAUACUGUACCUCUCUCUGCAGCCCUCUCUUGUUCUCUCUCCACACACACACACACACACACACACACACACACACACACACACACACACACACACACACACACACACACACACACACUGAAGCACCCAUUCACACGUACGUAAACAUACUGAUGGAAAGAUUUGACUUUGCUUAGUGAUGAUUAGCUCUAAAUAUUUUGAAUAAGAGGAUCAACGCUGCAUUAAACACUGUAGCAUAUGAAUUCCUCCACACCACUGUAUAUAAAUAAACUAGGGCCUUUGCUGCCCCCUGUCUCUUAGCAACAGACUGUUGCAUGAAAACUGUGAGGAUGACGGCCAUCAGGAAACAUUUGUACAUUCCUCUGGGCAGUGUUGCAAAAUCAACAACAGCAACAGCUCCCUCAACCCAUACACUCUCAAUCUGACCUGUUAUGGCUUUUCCAUAUUCCCUUAUUAGAGUUUCCAGAACACGCAAAUGUAUUGUUAUGUUAUUAGGUUUUUAAAGAAAAGCGUAACCAUGGAAACAGAUGCAACUGUAUGUUACUGUGAGAUUGGUAGCAACCAAGGAAUAUUAACAUCUCUUAAUAUCCUGCCUUGAGAAGGCUUUUUUGUUGAAAUUACAGGACACUCCAAAUUACAUUUUUGAUCAUCGUCUUUUGUAUUUGUGGCUAUGUUUUGUAUUUAUGUUCCGGCAGCUACUACUGCUUUUUGAGUUAAUUUGUCAUAUCCUCUCUCCUGCUUUCACCAGAUACCCUGGAGGAGGAGGAUGAACAGCUGAUGGUGUCUGGCCUAGCUGGGGAUCCAGCUCAUAGCCUCCUCUUUAACCAGAACAUGGGCCAGGCUGAGCCCCCCUUGGCUCCUGAGGAGGCCCCUGUGAACCCUAAGGAGGAGGCCCCCGUGGACCCUAAGGAUGGGCCCCAAACACUUCCCAACACAACAGACACUGCAGAGGUUCAACCCUCCACAGCAGACCCACCAGCACAGGCCAAUGGAGAAGCAAUGACCAGCCCUCCUCUGAACUUAGGUCUACCUGAUGAGAGGCCAAAUGCUACCUCUCUGGACUUAGGCCUACCUGAGGAGAAGCCACUGGCUACUUCUCUGGACUUAGGUCAACCCGAGGAAGAGAGGCCACUGUCCAGCAGCACAGAGACAGUUUGUAAUGGACACCCCGUUGAGACCAUCUCUGAACCGCAGGCCAAACUUACUAAAAUCCCUAAAACCACUAAAACCAAGCCCCCUUCCCUGAAGAUAAAGACAGCCCUGAGCGAGGCUAGCACACUGGGGGAUGGGGACAUUGACAUCAUCACAAUCCCUAAAGCUAGCUACAACUUCGACCCGGACCAGUUUGACGACAGCUUUAACCCGUUCGCCACUGGAGGCUCCAAGAUACAGAACUCCCCGCCAGCUUUUGCAGCCGAUGCCCUGCCCACACUUGAGUCGCUACCUGUAAGUAGCUCCUUUCCCAAACUGGAGCCUUUGCCUGUACGUAGCUCUUCUCCACCGCUUUGCAGGACUAGUUCCUCACGUAAAAUGGAGGUUGAGGAGGUCAAAGAGUUAUCGUCGGAGGCAUCAGAGGAGCCCAAGCCUGUGAAGAUGGAGUUUGGGUUAGACGAGGCAGGCGAGGUAAAAAAAACACAGCCGAGGAGGCUGAGUAAAAAGCCUGGCAGCAAGCUCGCCGUCAAGAAGCCAAAGGCCAAAGCAACGACGACAGCACCUGCCCCGACGCCGACACCCGAACCAGUCGUAGCUGAACCGGUAGCAGAGACAGUUUCAGAAACAGCUUCCGAACCGCUUUCCGUGCCAGGUGCCUCCUUAAGUUUGGAUGACGUUCCAAUUCCCAAGUCCACUUAUAAGUUUGACCCCAACCAGUGGGAUGACCCUAAUUUUAACCCCUUUGGGGGUGGUGGUGGCAAAAUGAGCGGUUCCCCAGUUCUGCCCAAAGGAUCCUACAGCUUUGAUCCUCAGAACUUUGACGACUCAGUGGACACAUUUAAGCCGUCUAAAGCCCUGGGCAGUGAAAACCCAACUUCCCUGGAUACCCCUGAGAGGCCAGCAGAGGAAGCAGUGAAACCAAAGCUGGAUCGCCCUCUGGAGGAGGAGAAGAAAACGUGCCAGCCUCCAAAGAAAAGCAAGGACAGGAUCAUCAAGUAAGUCCACUACACCUACAGCUCAGCAUUUCAGCACGUCAAUCCAAAGCAUGCGUUGUGUUCCACCACUAGUAUAGCCUUCUUCAGGGUAAUUCUGUUUUCAGAAAUGUGCUUUGUCCUAGCAAGAAGAAAAACAUUAAAAUUGUCUUCCUGCUCAUUAUCCUACAGUAUGUGAUAUCAAACCUUCCCUCAUGGUUUUCACACUAGUUUAAACUCAUACACAGGUUGUUUUAGGUGGUGGAUCUCCUUUUGCCUUUUGCAAAGUCACUGGCAUCCUAAUGUUUGUGUCAGAUGCCCGCUGCCAAACCCUCAGCCCCCUAGAAACCUAACUCCUUCAUCUCUAAUGCUGAGCAGAACACCUCUACUCACUCCUCCUUCUCUCUCUCCUUCAUCCUUCAUUCCCAAAAUGUUCUCUGUGCCACCGUUGUACCUCCUCCCUCCCACCCAACCAACCUCCACUGUCUGUCUAUCAUGCACCCCUUCUCUGCUUCCCCUCCCACCUUGUGUUUGUUUGCCUCAGGACCACUGAACAAGUGAAGUUUCUCUGUUUUCUAUUGUAAGUAGUACUCUCUCUUCCCCCACUCACUCUCUCGCUUGGUCUGCCGUCUUUGCUUUCUGUCCCAUUGCAUGUGUUGUUAUGAUGAGAGCUCAGUGAAGAAGCUUUUAGUGACCUGCAUUACUGCUUGUUGGCACGUGAACCCUCCUCCUUGAAAAAAAGCUUCAUUAGCUAGUUGGCUAUUUCCUGAACAGUUGCCUUGUUACUCUUUGCAAAGUUAAACAGCAGAUUUCUAUCUGCAUAGGAUUUUUAACAGUGUUGUAGUGUGCAACACUGACUAGACCAAUGGGACCUAUAGUGUUUACAAUGUCAUCCACAUUUAGACAACAGCUAUUUAUUAGAUACCUGUCCUGAACAAUUACAUGUCCAGUAAACGUUUAAUCUUGGCCAAGUGCCCCAAUAACCAGUGCUAUGUUUUUUAUUUACAAAUCCUCUGCCUGUGUUCUUCUUCUAGGAAUUCUUGUAAGGUGAAGAAGUAUGAAAACCAGUCCCUGGUCCUGGAUGUCUGCAAUCAGGUAGGUGUGUGUGUGUGUGUGUGUGUAAUAUCAGCUGAAUAUAACCUUGCUGCAGUGGCACUGCAAUGUUUAUUACUCAGUAGGUUACCUCAUCUCAUUUACACACACACACACACUUCCCUCUCAUGCUGACCAGUGCAUCCCUUUCUCACACACUCAUCAGUGUGUCUCUAGCACUGCAGUACAACCCUGGCGUGUUGACAGAUGCAUUACUCAUCUUUCAGCACUGAUUAUCAGUCUAUAGAGGCCGUGUGCCAUCAAGUUUUAUGACCUCCCAUUGUACUUCAAUAGACUAUCAAACUACUUAAAGUGACCCCCAAAUGUAAUGCUUUGAGAAACCAAACAGAAAUACUAUAAUAUCAUAGAAAUCAAGUACUAUUUGCAUGUUGAAAUGCAUAUGGAAUGCACCUUGGAAUAUUGCUGCAUUGUUUAUGAUUUUUUGUUGGUGGACUUAUUCUCUGAGGGUACAGUAUGCACAUUUUACAUUAUGGCUUUAAUUAUAGAAUGAUUAUCACCGCCUAUCAGAUGGAAUACAUUGAAUUUAAUACAGCAAUGACAGUUAGUACCAUCACAUCAGUGUUCUAUCGUCCUCUAGACUGACAGCACGCUGGCACUGCAUUCUCUUGUUUACAGGAAGAGGAUGCUGUGGUGUCCCAGGUCCAAGGAAUGCCCCGCCGUGUUCGCCAUGCCACCGAUGAGGAAAAGCUGGCUUGCAGUGGCAUCAUGGGCCAGAAAGCCAAGGAGGAGGCCGAGGUGGAGGUGGAGGAAGAAGAAGACUCAGCGUGUGCCAAAAGCCCAGCUAAAGGCCCAGCCAAUGUCAAAAGCCAGGCGCUGCUGGAUGGUACAUUUGGUUUGCUCUCAGGCAGGGACGUCAGUUGGCAGUCGCCAUACCCUAGCUCAAUACCUUUUUUUUCAACAAAAAAAAAAAGUAGGCUCAAAUCAUUCCAAUCCCGAUUAAAAUGUAAAGGCUGUUUAGCGUAUUGAUAGGCUGGCUUUAGGACCAUGCAGAGCAUCGCUCGGAGAAGCUGCCAGCAGUGUUGCCAACUUAGCGACUUUGUCGCUAUAUUUAGCGAGUUUUCAGACCCCUCUAGCGACACAUUUUCCAAAAAGCAACUAGCGACAAAUCUAGCGACUUUUUCUGGAGUUAUUGGAGACUCUGACAUGAAAGCACGUAUCGUUCAUACUCUUCUGAAUGAGCAGCGGGCACUCACAGGCGGCCCAGUCCUCGUGCAGCAGUCCCUCCCAGCUGCAGUCAGAGCAGGAGAUGUUCACCCCUCCGCGUCCAGACUGCAAAUGAAUCGCGCAUGCGGGAAGCCGCCGCUGGCUGAUCCCGCCCUGGCUUACAUUCAGGGCGGGAUGUAAAUGUAGGGUGUUUUUUACUCACUUUUUGUCUCUCCCACGACAUUAUUCCUCUCUCCUACAGCGUCCAUCACAAUUACAUGCACAUGGCCAAUUAUGCAAAUUAGGUGAUGAGGUCAUUUAGCGACUUUUAGGACAGCCAAUAGCUACUUUCCUUACUGAGGAGUUGGCAACACUGGCUGCCAGCCUGCAUGCCUUUCUCCCACUUUAAGAAAGCAGAGACAGUGCCAGAGUUUGCUUUGUCAGUCAGCCGAUUGCUUUGAAUCUGAUAUCGGCAUUGAACUUGGUCUUGUAAGCCUCGAGGCCAGCUGUUUUAUGCACCGGUUACUUUCACAUUGAUGUCGGCACAGGUGGCACGUGUAAUAGGCUAGGGUAAAAUAAGCUUCCCUUAAAGUAAAUUUAAUUUGCCCAAAUUAGCUAUAUAAUUACUUGUGCCUAUACAGAAAUAAAUACAAUCUUUCGAAAUACUACACCAGAGAGCAUGAUUUGGCCACAGAUGAUCAUUAGCUUCUUUUAAAAAUGAGCUGUGGAUCAUUUUAAGCAUGCAGCAAAUAGCAGUGCACUUAAAGGAGAAUAAACAUAGCUGAUUAGGCCUAUUCUAUAGCAGUGCUGCCAACUUAGCUACUUUGUUGCUAUAUUUAGCGAGUAUUCAGACCCCUCUAGAGACACAUUUUUAAAAAAGCGACUAGUGACAAAUCUAGCGACUUUUUCUGGUGUUAUUGGAGACUCUGACGUGAAAGCACGUAUCAUUCUUACUCUUCUCAACGAGCAGCAGGUGCUACGGGCCCCACCCCCCUCCCAAAGCACUCACAGGUGGCCCAGUCCUGAGGCAGCUUUUUACUCACUUUUUGUCUCUCCCACAACGUUAUUCCUCUCUCCUACAGCGUCCAUCACAAUUACAUGCACAUGGCCAAUUAUGCAAAUUAGGUGAUGAUGUCAUUUAGCGACUUUUAGGACAGCCAAUAGCUACUUUCCUUACUGUUCUAGAGGCCCUAUUCCCACUUCGAGAGAUUAAGCAGCGUCUGAGGAGCAGAGUGGCGAAAGAGAUUUCUACUUUUCACUUCACAUUACAUAUUUGCCUUACCUUUCGUUGUGGCUGGCAACGUGACAUUCUUCGUCCGCAGCUCAAAUUGACCAUAAAUAUCACAGUAGCCAGUAAGCACAAACCAUUUAACAAUCUGAGCAACUUUUCUUCUAAAACAUAUUACAAUAUUGAAUAAUGCAACAAUCCCCAAGCAGGUGCAGACAAUUAAAGGGUUUAUUUUCUCGUCCAUACACAGCUAACUAACAACAUGCUUCAUGAUCAAAUAAUGAACUUUCAACUCUGUUCUCUUAUAUCGAGGCGGAGUUGAGUUUUGAUGAUUGGUCGCAGGAUUUGUUAUCAACGACAUUGAGUCACCAUCAGUCAAUUCUAAAAGCUUUUAGCAAAUACAACCACUGACUUUUUACUCGUUGCUCGUACUACGUAAGCUGAAAUUCAAUUGGGUCCGUGCUAUCCGGGAUCCUUGGGAUGUCCCUACCACAUUGAAGUUGAACUUUUAAAUGGUUAAGGUUAGGGUAGGGUAAUGAUUAAGGUUAGGGUAGGGGUUAAGGUUAGGAUUUAGGGUAGGGACGUCCCAACGAUUAUGGAUUGCACGGACCCAAUUGAAUCUCAAUUUAUGUAGUACGAGCAAUGAGGAAAAGGUUGGCGGUUGUAUUCGCUAAAAGAUUUUAUUCGAAAUAUGAGUUUCAGCACCCCGCGGAAGGACCGCAGUUGUACAGGAAAAACAUAAGUACCGUGAAGUGUAUUCAGAAUUGAUUUUUUAUUUAUUUAAAUCUACUGAUAGUGACUCAAUGUUGUUGCUAGUAAAUACAGCGAUCAGUUAUCAAAACUCAACUCCGCCUCAAUAUAAGAGAACAGAGUUGAGGGUUCCUCAGCUACCCUCCCAUACGAAUAUAAAAGUACAGCAAAGCUAUCAUACAGUGUCAUUCAUAUUAUAAUAUAGGCUACACAGCUAGGUAACGUUAGCUAGCAAGCUAGCGAAACAAAAUCAUUUCUGCAUCCUCACGUAAUCGUGCUAGCUGUAGCUGAAUGCUGACGUUUAGCUGAACCAUAGCUAGACAGGAGCUCUUAGUCUUACACUAGCUACAGUAUUAAAGUUACCUCAGAACAAACCAGGCUUCAUUUUAUCAAUAACAUGGAAGUCAUUAUGAGGUCAAAGGAAAUUGCGACUGAAAAUGUUGAUAAUUCCCUGUGUUGCUUCUUGCCUGGACCUCAGUAGCUCAGUGCAGUCAAGCAAAAAAGAAACACAGAUUUAAAGCUACGGCUACAAUUUCAGGUAUAAACUCAAUAAAACAAGUAAAAAAAAUAAGGAAAAUGUCUAUACAUGUUCAGCUGUUUUAAAAACAUUGCUAUGCUAUUACAAUUUGUACUGUAAGAGUGUUGGCUCAACGAGACAAUUCUGUUUACAUGGCCCUGCUUAAAGGGGGGGGGGGGGGGGGGGGCAACUGUCGGGCGAGUGUUGUGGUCGAGACUUGACAAGUUCGCAAGUUUACAUUGCAGUAAAUGUGUAGCCGAGGGUAUUCUUGCGAAACUCUAGUAAGUGUGAAGAGUCUGCGCACUCAGGCAUGCAUUGUUCAGAACUGUCUGUUUUUCUAACUGUGAUUGAGUUUAGUUAUAUUAUUAGAUUAGUUCCUUUUCCUUUUUUAAGGAACUCAGUCGGGCUUUCAACUUACUCUUGAAAGUUGUAAUAAUAGAAUGCACAAGGUGCAAUUUUGAAAUUGGGUAGUACAUCAUCAGUUUUCUUCUUGUCAUUGCAGACCUAAGAGAGCUACAGUAUUUUUUACUUGUUAGAAAUGUCCAGAUCAACUAGCCCAUGUCAGUUAAUGUUUUUUAGCUAGGUUUUUUAGCACAUUGAUUUUGUUGUAAUGUUUGAGUCACUCAGAUAUCACAUGAAUACAUAUAAGAUGUACAGGAUGUUCCCCAAUGAUGGAAGGGGGGCCUGAGUGAAAAAGUUAGGGAACCCUGGAUUUAGAUGUAUCCAAUAAUCAAGUCAUAGUCAAAGGGACUCUGCUUAAAGGGGCAAGAAAACAAACAUAGCUAAAAUGCCAGAAGCAGUCCUAGACAAUUGAUUAGAUUAGCUCAAUUAGAUUACACUAGAGGACAGACAAAGCAGAAAAACAGCUUCUGAAGAGCCUCUUGGAUUGUUGAAUCUCAUAAUAGGUUUUACUGCCACCUAGUGGCCAUUGAAAAUCAAGUGUUGAGUAAAAUGACUUUCCAUCUCCGUCCCCUGAUUCAUGAUACUGAUUCAUUAUUUAUUUUUUUCCCCUCAGGUCCACAGGCGAGGAUAACACACUGUAUGGAUGAGAAAGACAUUUGCACUUUGGUAAGUAGGCCUAGAUCUGGGCUGGCCAACUUUAAUGGGGGUGGGGGCCACAAAAUAUCUGAACUCAUCAUGGGGGGCCGCAGUGGCUCGCGUGUCAGUGUACCCUCAUCCAUACCCACACAUGCAGUCAACUGAUUUGUGCAAUCCAUUUGUGCAGUUAAACUACUUAACUCUCCUAACGAAAUGUAUUAUACCAGUAGCCAAGGCCGGCUCUAGCCUUUUGGGGGCUCUAAGCGAGAUGUGGUUGGGGGGCCCCCCCACCUCGCGGGCAAAUCAUUUUAUUGGGCCCCGCCUUGACGGCAGAGAGAAAUUUAGCAUUUCCUUCAAUUCUACACAAAGUCUUGCAAUUUUAAAGCACGUUUUCUGCAAUUCGACACAAUUUGCCAUGGGGCAGAGUGAACAGUUUGAAAUGUUUUAACAGAUUUCAUGCAAUUCUACUCAUUUUGACAUGAGGCAGAGAGAAAAAUAUGCAGUUUUACAGCUAAUAUCCUGCAAUUCUAUCCAUUUUGCUAUGGGAUGGAGAGAAAUGUUUAUAGUUUUAAAGCUAAUUUCCUGGAAUUCUACACAUAUUGCCAUUACUUAUGCCACGUUAAUAUGAUAUCUGAGUGAGAGUGACUUGCAAAAUCAAUGGGGGCCCCCUGGAGGUCAGUGCCCCUGGGCACGUGCCCUGCAUGCCUGGUCAGUAUUCGGCCAUGAUUACUACAAGUUUCGAUAGCUGUCUAGACUAACUUACCAAUCUAAACAUUGUUAGCUGAAAUGGCUAAUUGAGUGACUGUCAGUGAUUGACAUAACAAGAUAAAAACUGCUGAUACACAACCAAAUUUAGAAAUUGCACCUUGUGAAUUCUACUAUUCUAACUCUCAACAGUAAAUUGAGACCCCGACUGAGUUGCUACAUGUAAUUUUUUUACAUAAAUAAAUAAUUUGGGUUGGGGCCCUGUUUUUGGAAAUUGAUCUGCGGGCCUACAAAAGAAGAGCUAUGCGGCACGCAGGUUGCCAGUUGCCCAUCCCUGGCCUAGAUCUUUUGAUUUGUUAGUCGUCAUGAUUUUUCAAUAGAAGCCAGUUUGCAUUAGAGCCCAGACUGACAUGUUUUGUCCUUGGUGUCUACAGAGUGAAGAGCUGUCAAUCACCCCAGGGCCAAAGUUGAUUGGCUGUGAGGGUCACGAUGACAAAGGCAGUCCCUCCUCCCUGGAUACCAUAUCGCAAAGUGAGAUGGACAAAGCAGCAGUGCUCACCUUGAUCAGAGAGGAGGUACAGUAACUGACUGAUAAAACCUGGGUCGUGUUCAUUAGGCACCAAACAGAAAUAGGGAGGGGCUACCUUGACUAAUAAGAAAGGCACAUUUUCCUUUAAAAAACAUUUCCCGUUGCCUGCCCUAAUGAACACAACCUAGGUAACACCAAGAGCUAGCCCUCUGAGCUAAAGGCCCAGUUCCCUGAUUGCCGACUGUCACUGUAAUACUGAACACAUAAUACAGUACUUCUGUUAUAUUAUACUAUAGUAAACAUACAUAAAUAAUCAACAAGUAGCAAGCAAAUGGAUGCCUGGCUGUCAAGCUUCUUCUAACCCUAGAGUGUUUUCUCCCCAACAGAUAAUCACUAAAGAGAUAGAAGCCAAUGAAUGGAAGAGAAAGUAUGAAGAAAGCCGCAUGGAGGUGUUAGAGAUGAGGUAUUAUAUGGCACUGUUGUUUUAGUUUGCCAUAAUUCAGAGUUAAUCAUAUUUAAAAUAGACAAACUCACAAUAAACAUUUUAGACUGAAAAGAAACCUUUUCAUUUUUAUUUAAUUCUCUCCUGUGUUUAUCUGUCUCUUGUAGGAAAAUAGUGGCAGAGUACGAGAAAACCGUUGCACAGAUGAUUGGUAAGUUCAUUGAGGAGUUCAUUUGAUCUGCACUGAUAUGAAAUCAUGGGAUAGGUGAAAGCAAUAUGGUGGAUGCCUACCAGUUUAUGGCUUUCACCAACCCAUUUAAUUCCAAAUCAGUGCAAAUCCAUGGAACUAGACAACAGUAACAAGCCUUAGACUAUUGAGACACACCCUUGGACCCAACAUCCUUGUUCGGAUGUACCUCAACUAUCUGACCUUUGACCUGUGACCUUUACAGAGGACGAGCAGCACAAGAGGAGUGUCCUGGGCUCCCAAAAGAGCAUCCAGCAGGUGAUCCUGGAGCGGGACCAGGCCCUGGCUGACCUCAACUCUGUGGAGCGCUCACUUUCUGACCUCUUCAGACGCUACGAGAACAUGAAGACCGUCCUGGAAGGCUUUAAGAAGGUAGGCUACGUGUUAACACUAGACUAGAGAGAAGGUUUAAGAACGUGAGUGUAACGUUAGAUUAAGACUAGAGAGGUUCUGUUGAAGAAGUGACCCACUGGGCAAAAACUGGUUUAAUCAACGUUGUUUCCACAUCGUUUCAACCCAAAAAAUCUAUGUGAUGACUGAGUCAACCUUGGAAACUAAUUGGAUUUGCAAAAAGUCAUCAACGUAAGGGCAUUUCUUAUUUUUUUCACCCAACUUUUAACUUAAAUCCAAUGACAUGGCAAUUUAUUUUGCAGAUUUCACAUUGAAUUCACGUUAGUUGACAACUCAACCAAAUGUAAAUCAAAACUAGACGUUGAACUGAACCUUUUGUACCUUUUGUACUUUUUAUUCUUCUUUUGUUGAUGUUAUGAUGUACAGAGUCCUUUUAUGUUUAGAAAAGCACUUAUUAAUUGGAUGAAAUGGUAUUAUUAGUGUCACUGUUUUUUCUGUAUCUGACUGUUGCUUACAAAAUGACUACCUGUAAUGGAGAUACAAGGUUAUUCAGUUUUCCUUUUUUUUUUUACUGUCUGUGUGUGUGUGCAGAAUGAAGAGGUGCUGAAGAAGUGUGCCCAGGAGUACCUGGUCCGUGUCAGACAGGAGGAACAGAGAUACCACACACUCAAGAUCCACGCAGAGGAAAAACUAGACAAGUAACGACAGACACAUUAAUUUAGUAUUUCUUGUAUCUCGACUGCUUUUUCAGCAGAUGUUUUAUAUGAUUUGAGUCUUGACUCUAGAGAUUGAGACGGUAAAUGUUUAAAUGUUAAAUAUCUGAUCAUGUUAAAUAUAAAUACACCUUAUCUAGCCUAUUGUUCAUUUGGCUACUAUGUACUGUUGAGGCGAGGGACAUUAUCUUUCUAUGGAUCUCUCUCUCUCUCUCAUUUCUGUGUGAGGUCUUCUAUUUUUAUUUUUCUUUCUCUAAUGUUCCCCUCUCUGCUGUGUUGCAGGGCAAAUGAAGAUAUCGCCCAAGUGCGCUCCAGGGCCGACUCAGAGAGUGUGGCUCUUCAUGCCAGCCUGAGGAAGGAGCAGAUGAAGGUAGACUCCUUGGAGAGAGCUCUCCAUCAGAAGGUACUUGACUUGACUUGAGUUAAAUUGACUUGACUUGGCUUGACUUUGUCCCUAGGGGGAAAUGUGUCUGUAGGAAUCAUUGAUAGUAAAAUAAUAACUGGAUACAAUAAUUCUGUUAGUUAUCAAUGGUUCCCAAUGAGAAGCACAAAAUGUCGCAUUUCGACCAGGAAGUGUUUCACGAUGUCGCAUUUGUUAGUCACAAAAAAACAAUUUAAAUGCUGAAUCUUUGAUUGAACCAUCUCUACCUAUCUCUCUAUUCUUCACAGAACCAAGAAAUUGAGGAGCUCACAAAGAUCUGUGACGAACUAAUAGCAAAGCUCGGAACAUUAGACUGAUACCUGAUAUCAUGAACUUUGGAGUUCUUGGAUGUACUGUUCCACCAACAUCUCUCCGCUCUGCCUUACCGUUGCAGCCAAGGCCUAACCAUCCCCACCACUAGUAAACGACUGUGCACACUUCAACACAAUCUAAACCCUUCUCUGCUAAUAUUACUCAUACACACAGGGAGUGACGGCAGUAGUCACCCCUGUUGUCUCUCAACUGGAACAAAUAAACAGCAAAACAGCUAUGAGUACAUGUUUUUUUUUAGGACCAAUUAAGUAUUGAUGUGGCAAUUUGUAAUGUGCAUGUGCAGCUGUUAUAUGCAUGUAGGGCCCAAUCGUAACUUUUGCAUAAAUAAAGCAUUAGUAUGGACAUUACUGUUGAUUUCUCCCUGUUGUAAGGCUAUGUGAGGGAACUGUAAGUCGCUCUGGAUAAG